UACGGUGCCUAACAUUGGCAAACGGCAACGAGGAAGGAGCAGAGCUAAACCUGCAGAAAGUUUUGUUGACAGAAAUGCCGAAAUAUCCAGAGGAGCAGAGAAACGUGAGUGUACCGCCUCCUGGCCACUGGGUGUGGAAUGAUGAAACUCAAACUGUGGAGUUUGUCAGUUGUAGUCCAGCAGAUGAGAGUGUUUUGAGGAAAAAGAGGCAAACCAAUGAAAAUUUCAGCGAUCUUCAGCAGCGAUCAGAGUGGUUGGCUGAGAUCUACACGUUGAACCAUAGAGGGCGCCAAAGCCUUAGAAAGAGCCUGAGCCCCGCUCAUCUGAACGCUUACAGGUCCUCAGUUAUGAAGAGGGGAGGGGACCGCAUUACCAUUGAUGAUGUUAAACAGGUGGCUGUCAGUUUGCUACAGGAGAAUUAUUCACUUCCUAUUCCAUUUUGCUUCUUGGCGUUAUUGAAGAGUAAAGAGCUUGAUGAAGUCCUCACUGCCCUUCUCCUGUACCUGUCUUGUUUCUUUGAAUACAAGUCUCUGGACAAUAAACCUACACCUUUAAUGGCUGUAGACAUCAUCACAGGGCACCAGAUGAUGGCGGAGGCUUUGGCCAAAAAACAGAUAGCUCAAAAGAAGCUGGCUAUCUGCUACUUCAGCCUAAUCAUGGACCUGGAGAAAGAACAGCAUCAACACACAUCAUAUCACAAGGGCCGGCUGUCGUCAAACAGAACAGAAUGGCUGCUACAUGCGUGCUUGUACAGCUUCUUCUGCUAUGCGGCCUGGGUGACGUUUGGCAGGAAGGACCUGAGGGACAUCCAAGAGGAACUGGGGCGUCUUUUUUACUCUGACACCAUUAACACGGCAGUGAGGGACAGGACUGAUGGACACUCAGAAAUGACCUUCGCUACUGUUAAUGGUUCAGUGAAGACGGGAGAAGCUGACCCCAAGGAGAUGGGAUAUAACGGCACAUUCAAGCACAGAACGUCCCAAAGGUGUCCUGCCCUCAGCAGUGUAGUUAAUCAGCGAUCCCCACUGAUGGUGUGUCUGCUGCCCUCACCCAAAGAACGGUCACCCCAUCUGUUCCUCAGCAGCCGGGCCAGGAUGCAGGGCCCGCUGCAGACGGAGCACUGUGACACCAAGGCCCUGACGGAGGAACUCAACCAGCAGCUGGCCAGUGUCAGGUUUGGGAUUCUUGGCAAGCCAUUGAGACAGUUCAGCCGCAGUACCCUGAUACCCUAUGGAGAACCGAAAAACAACAAUGCUAAGGAUGACUACUACGAACCAGGGAGUGAUGUUAAUAACAACAGUGAGGAUCAUCCUGGCAUCCAUGUUCCAGGUAGCCGUUCGUCCUUAAUGGGUCCCAAGUCGACAGGGUUUGCAAGAGAUGGCAGCACCAAAAACACUAGACCAGGGAUCGGCAAAUAAAUCUAACAUCGGCCCACAUUUUUUUCAAACCGUUACAUGGUUGGCCUGAACAUUA